CAAUUUAAAACCCAUUUAUUCCUUUUUUAUACAAAUUUUAAACAAAGUUCAUAUCCUUUCUCGCUCUUUUUUUUUCUUUCUCCUUCUCCUCGUCAAAAAUUAGGGUUCCUGUUUGCUUUUUUUCUCCAUUUUUCUGCACGAAUCUUAAUGGAAGAAGGUCUUAGAAGAAGUCCGCGUCUAGUGACGGCUUCGAAUCGAAAAGUUUAUCGAAGAAAUCGAAAGAAGCUUCAAGUUUCGUCUUCUAAUUCUAUGGAUGAAAUUCCAAGUUUUAGUUUGGGUAUAUCACAAAUUUCGGGAGAGAAGAACAAUGAGGAAGAAAACAAGAAGCAAAAGAAAGGUAAAAAACGAGUUAAAGAGGUUAAAACAAUGAAGAAAUCAAAAAAAAUAUGUGUUACUUUGGCAUCUACAUCGAAGAAAAUCGUUGACAGUGAUGAUGAUUUUGAGGAUUUACCUCCUCAAUUUCAGUCAAAAAGUUUGAAAAAUAAAGAUGGAUUGGAGAAGAAAAGGCCGGUGAAUGAUGGAAAAACAUGAAAUCGUUUACCCAAAAGUGUCAUUCUACCAGAGAGUAGAUAUCCGGUAUGUGCUAGUACUUCUUAGUUAUUUGUUGUUUAGCAAUGGGUUGUAUGUUGAUUGCUGCUUGUUUUUUAGAUGUAGUAUGUGAAAUUAUCUUUAAUUCAACUUUCAUUCAACUUUAAUUCAUAUUUAAUUCAACUUUAGUUGAACUUUAAUUCAACUUUAAUUCAUUUUUUAUUCAUCUUUAGUAUGUAGUAACACAUUUUUAAUUCAUGUUUAAUGCAUAUGCAGGAUCGUAAAUUCUGGAAACAUCCUGAUGUUGUGUAUAUUUCGAGUAGGUGGUCAUGUUACACUAAUCAUAGUGUCAUUGAACAAAUCAAACUAUCUUUAUCUGAUAAACAACUUGAGAUGUUUAGGAAUACAUGUUUUGGGUACUUUCUUGACCUUCCAAAAUCAAGCACACAACUACAACUUAUUCAUUGUCUUAUAAAUAGAGAGUUAAAACACACACCGGAUGAUGUGUUUGCUAUUGAAAUAAAUAACAAAAAGUUAUUUUUUGGUCUUAGAGAAUUUGGGAUAGUUACAGGCUUAAAUUGUGUUGGUGAUGGCACAUCUAUCAAUGUUCCCAAUUCUAGAUGUAGUUUGAUGAGUAGUUAUUUUUCGGAAAAAAUCACAGUUCCAAAGAGUCAUCUACGUGCACUGUUUUUAGCUAAAAAAUUCAUAGAUGUUGACUCGGCUGUUUCAUUGGCUGUUCUAUACUUCAUUAAUGAUUUUUUAUUUUCAUAUGAGGACAACGAAUACCAAAUUAGCAAUAGAGAUUUUUACCUUGUGGAAAGUGGAAAAUUCAAUUCAUAUCCGUGGGGUUUAGAUGUCUACAAAAAGUUGUCUGAUUCUGUGAGGCAUGAGCUUAAGUCAACACAUAAGUACUAUAGAAUUGGUGGCUUGCCUCUUGCUCUUCAAAUUUGGAUAUUUGAGUGUUGUUCAAAGGUUGAUGAAGAUAUAGCUAUUCGUGUUGCUGAUUCUAUUCCAAGAAUCUUGAAUUGGAAGACAAUUGCAGAAAGUCCAUGGUUAAAAUAUAUUGAGAAAUGUCUCUUCAUGCCUACAAAAAACAAGGUAUUUGUACAAAGUUAAUACAUUUUAUUACAUUGUUUAUUUGAACUCAAGUUACUAUAUCUAAUGUUAUUUUGUGUAUUUGGUUUUUCAGUUUGAGAACAUAGUGGCUAGUGAAGAUGAAGUAUCCAAAUUCAGGCUUCCUGAAACUCGUGAUUACCAUGCUGAAAUUUUGAAAUUGGAGCCUAAAGGAUCAAAUCAUGGUCUAGACAUUUUGACCAAUGAAGUCAUAGAAUUGAGAAAAGAGCUUGUAAAAGUGAAUGAAAAUAACAAAGCGCUUGAAGAGAAGAUUGAUUUAGGAUUCAAUCAAAUCAAAGAAUUUGUGGUGAACUCAAACAAACAAUUAUUGGAGGAUAUUUCUUUGCUGUUUGCUAAGAGUGGUGGUAGCAGCUCUGUUAUUCGAGAAGUUAAGGAACCAUCUAAGAAGCAUGCUGACGAGACAUUUUCAGGUGGAUUAGAUUUUAAUGGAGGUUCGUUUAUAUUUUCAGUAAAUUUCUGUUAUAUUCAUAAUAUAAUUUUAAUAUAUAGUUUAGUAUUUUCUUCCAGUUAAUCUAUAAAUGACACGAAUUCGAUAUUUCAUUUUUCAGUUAACUUUGAUAUGUUUUUUUUAAUAAUAUGUUAAUUACAUAUACAACAUUUUCUCCCCGUGUUAAUGCAUCUGUAAAUGAAUCGAGAGGGAACGAUGCUCAUGUUAUGGGAUCAAAUCAAAAUGAAGAAUCUCAAGUGCUUAAAGCUACAGUUAGAUUUGCUGAUGUUGAAAAUCUUGAAAGAGUAUCAAGUAAAAUAGAUGAAGAUGUUGCAGGAAUUGUUAUUGAAAAAGUUCUAUCAGAGGUUGUUGCUGAUAUAAAUGUCCAAGAGGCUGCUGAUGUGAAUACAGUUGGGGCGAAACCUGAUGAUGCAACAGAGGAUUGUCAAAAACCUUUGCAUACUUUAGAUGACUUUAUUUUACUUGAUAAAGAUCUUUCUCAGAUCAAUAGGACUGAAGAAUCUUAUCUAAAAAAAAGAGCCCAAGUUGAUCAAAACAAAAAGAAAGUGUCACCGAAGAAACGUGGCAGAAAGAAAAAUCCAGGAAAGUUAAUAACAUCUCCCUUCACACAAUAUUUUAAUCUGGAGGAACUUUAUGUGUUACACAUCAGGUUUUUGAGACAAAACAUCCUUUUUUAUAUGCAAGCGGAGGAGAUGAUGAAUCUGAUUUGAUCGAUUCAUUCACUAAGUGGCUUUAUAUGGGUACAAAAAAGAGGUAAUUUAUUUUGAUGUUUUUGGGAUAAUUUUCCUAAUUCAUAAUAUAUACAAGCUUAAUUCAACUUGUGGAACGCUCUGUACCUCUUUUUUAGUUUCGUAUUUGCCUCUUUUUUAGUUGUUCCUGUCUCGGUUUUGAGUAUUUGUUUAUUUUUGUUCUG